GUUUGUUACAGAAUCUUUUUAAAGUAGUGCUUCAUAAUUCUGCUUAAUUCUUUCUUUUGUCAAAAAAACAAGACAGUCAUAUGAACAGGAUAAUUAUACUUUAAUUCAAACUCUGUUUAGAAAGAAAUCCAUUUUCUACCACAAACUAUCAUUAGCAAGCCUUUUCAGAUUGUAUAUAUUUUUGAUGACUUUUUUCUACUUUGAGCAGCCAUUUAGGUCUACUUUUGCAACCUAAUAAAUAUUGUUGGCAAACCGUUUGGUGAAAAUAUUUUCACAAGUGAAGAACUGCCCGCAUGUAUGAGCUUACGAGGGGUAUUGCCCAUUUAACAAUUACUUGGUAAAGAAUCCUUCAAGGCCUAAGGGGUGCUAAAACUUUCAAGGUAUUAGGGUAUCAUCUUCCCACGACAGCCUUACAUUUGAUCUUCUAAAUAUGUGGCGAUUGCCAAUUCUAAUAACGCUUUGUUUUCAUAAGCAGCUGGAACUUUUAGUCAAGGAUACUUAGACUUAUUUAGAAACUAACUUUACCGUAAGUGCUCUUCCUGUCUGUAAAUGCUCUUGAUUACUUUUUUCCCUUUGUAUGAUGCAUAGCAUGUAUCUUUGAUUAUUGUUCGUUUGAAGCUUGUUGAAGCUCUCUAUAUUUUUUAACGUUUUUCAGUUUGGCAAUCCAAUUUGUUUAUCUGGCAUGUUGCUGUUGUAAUGUUGGCCUUUUGGGUUGAUAAAUCUAGGGAUUAAGGAAUGACGUGAAUAGCUACCACUUUACAUAAAAAGCUAUCAUUAGAGUAUAAUUUUUCUGCCAUUUUGUCCUACAUUCAUCUGCAUCAGUAUCUCUGACCAUCUACUUUCCGAUGUCUUGUUGCUUGAAAAUUUUUAGUGUAAUCUUGCGCUAUUGCACAAAUAUUUUGCGAGUAAGUGCAUUAUUUUUUAAUGCUAAGUGAUAAAUUUAAACCAGGCGCCAAAUCAUCUGACACUCAUUUUAUUCUUUUUUUUCAGUGGAAGCUAAAGACAGAUGAGACCGGGUUCACUGCUUGUGAAUUAGAUAAUAAUGUCGUAGAUGGUUACGUUAUAACACCAUUUGUCAUUACAAAUCCAGCCAAACAAAUAACCCUCAGAAUAACUUAUACUUUGAAUUGCUGUUUAACCAAAUUGUCCAUUGGUGUCUAUGUCCUUUUGGGCUCAGGUGAAAUAUCUGCGCCAAGUGCUGAAAGCUUCAAAUACAUUUCUGCUUUAAAGAAUACCACAUCAAUGAAUCCUUCAUCUAGAGUACAGUUUAAAUCAGUUUUUACCAUUGGAAUGGAAGGAAGGACUGGACUUUUUAUUGCUUUCAGAGAUCAAGGAAUUUGUGGAAGACUUGAUUCAUUUCAACUCAGUUACAUAGAAUGUCCAAGCUCAGCUGGGGAAUUUAUGUCAUUUCCACUUAAAACUGCAGCUCCAAACAGCACAGUUUCAGUCCGAAAGGUGCUUGGAACAUGCUUUACCAAUGCUGAUGUCCAAGUUUCAGAAGCAGCUAAUUACAUGUUUUGUUAUACAAAUGGUUCCACCAAGGUGAAUGGUGGCUGUCGUUGCAUUGCUGGAUAUGAAAAUCAUUCCUUUACCAGUUGUAAUGAAUGUCCCGCAAAGAGUUUCAAAAGUGUUGCUGGUAACUUUAAUUGUACCAGAUGUGGUGCAAAUGUUGAGGACGGACUGAAGCCCAGGACAACACCUUGUAAAUGCAACAAUGGAUAUUACAGGCCACUUCGAUCUAAAAGUGUUCCAACUGUCGACUGUGAAGCGCCACCAUCUGCUCCAAAUGUCGUUAGGGCAAAACAGAUUGGGUCAAAGUGGAUCUUAUUAGAAUGGACGGUCCCCAUGGACCAGGGGACUGGAGACAAACCGAGUUACACGAUAAAAGCAAGCUGUACUAAAUGUAAUACUCCACCUGACUUUACAACAUCUAACCUUCUUUUCAAUGUCACCGGGCUGAGCGCCUACACACGGUAUGACAUCAGAGUUUAUUCCAUCAACAAUGUCACUGCUGCCAUCGGCUUCGACAAGGCUCAGUACAACAGCACUUCGGUUUUGACUGGAUCAGGAUUGCCUUCGGAGGUUCAGAAUCUUACUAAAAGGACAAACUCUGAUGCAUCAGUGACAAUUUUAUGGAACGAGCCAUUGACAAAGGGUGGUGAUGAUCUGCGAUAUUUUGUCACUGUUAAUGGCGAAAAGGGAAUGUUUACCACCAAGCUGAAAUACACUGUUAAACAAGAGCCAGAAACGAAGAAGUAUACUGUGUCUGUAAAGUCACACACGAGCGCUGGAUUUUCCAAAGAAGAAGUUAUCAGAUUUGAAAUUAAAGGAAAAGGCAUUUCACUGACUUUGGUCAUUGCUGUCGUAGUCACAUUGUUUGUCUUACUGUUGAUUGCUGGCGCUUUCGUUGUAUAUUUCUACCGAAGGCGACAUCCAAAGCAUCUUCAACCUGUUCGACUUGAAAACGGGGAAGUGAUUCUCCCAAGUGGAAAAGGCGUUCAGGUUUAUAUUGAUCCGACGACAUAUCAAGAUUUGGAGGACGCUGUGCAGCAGUUUGCUAACGAAUUAGACCGAAGCUGGAUCAAGCUAGAUCGUCUGAUUGGUGGAGGUGAAUUUGGUGAUGUGUACAAAGGAACUAUGGAAAAACCCUCUGAAAAAGCACAAAUUGUUGCCGUCAAGACACUCAAGUCAAAUGCAAAUAAGAAAGCAAGAGAUGACUUUUUGGGAGAAGCAAUGUAUAUGGGACAAUUUGAUGACCCAAAUGUCAUAAAUCUCGAGGGUGUGGUCGUUAAAGACCGUCCCAUAUUGAUUGUCAUCGAAUUCAUGAGCAAUGGAUCGCUUGACUCCUUUCUACAAGAAAACGAUGGUAAAUUUACUCCACUCCAGUUACUAGGAAUGGCAAGGGGUGUGGCGUCUGGAAUGAAGUAUCUUUCUGAAAUGAGCUACAUUCACAGGGAUUUGGCAGCCAGGAAUAUUUUAGUAAAUGAUGACAUGGUUUGCAAGGUUGCUGAUUUUGGAAUGAGCAGAGAAUUGAGCGAGGAAGAUACAUAUAACACAACCGGUGGCAAGAUCCCUGUUCGAUGGACAGCACCGGAAGCAAUCCAGUUUAAGAAAUUCACCAUUGCCUCGGAUGUUUGGAGUUAUGGUAUUCUGCUUUGGGAGAUAAUGUCAUACGGAGAAAGGCCAUAUUGGGACUGGGGCAAUUAUGAGGUGCUUGAACGUCUGGCUUCUGGCUACAGACUUCCUCCGCCAAUGAGCUGCCCUAAAGUUGUGCACGAUCUUAUGUUAUCUUGCUGGCACAAAGAUCGCGUGAAAAGACCAAAAUUUAAGGACAUUCGUGGCACGAUUGAUAAGUGGAUCCGGAGUCCGGAGUUGCUGAAACACGAAGAAUCGGUUGUGACAAGGCGUGACACUAAUUUGGAUUACGCGUCAAUGAAGACCUUAAAAGAAUGGCUUGAUUCGAUUGGGAUGUCGCGAUACAUCGAGAACUUCACUAAAAAGGGCCUAGUCACACCCCGACAGAUCUUAGAACUCACGGAUCCAGAUCUGAAAGAUAUAGGAAUUGAAGCUGUUGGCCACCGAAACAAAAUUAUGAAGAACAUCAAUUUGACGAAAGGCCAGUUGAUUAGAACAAAAUCCAUGGCAAUCUAAGCGCUGUGAGGGUGGUAAGAUCCCUGUCAAAUGGACAGCACCGGAAGCAGUCCAACUAAAGAAAUUCACUAUUGCUUCGGAUGUUUGGAGUUAUAGAAUCCUGCUUUGGGAGGUAAUGUGUUACGGAGAAAGGCCAUAUUGGAACUGGGGCAAUAAUGAGGUACUUGAACGUCUGACUUCUGGCUUCAGACUCCCUCCGCCAUGAGCUGCCCUAAAGUUGUGCACGAUCUUAUGUUAUCUUGCUGGCACAAAGAUCGCAUUAAAAGACCAAAAUUUAAGGACAUUUGUUGUAUGUUUGAUAAGUGGAUCCGGAGUCCGGAGU